AUUUUGAUUCGCCAACAAAAGAUCUCCUCACUAGCGUCCACGUGGCCAUACCAAACCCUCACUUAUCAUCUUCUUCUUCUUCUUCUUCGCUCACUGUAACUUCCUCUGCUCUCUCGACACUAAAUCCGUUUCCGACCUCUCUACACAGCUAUACAGGGUUGAGGCUUCUCCUCCAUUCAAAACCCUAGCUCUCAUCUCUCUCUAGUCUCUACACAAAAUUAUAUUUUGACUUAUACAUAAACGCACCUGCUUGGUCGCUUAUAUACAAGACAAGAAGUAGUGAAUUUUGUUGCAGUUUCCUGGUUUAAUUGAUGGCGUCAUCCACGGCUCAAAUUCACGCUCUCGGAGCUACUCAAUUUGCAACUGGUCGAUCGAGAACGGUGUUUUUUGGGCAGAGAGUGAGCUGUAGGACCGUGCCCUUCGGACUCAAGCUGAAGAAGAGUCGGGGAAAUGCAGGCGGGACGCGGUUGCGUAUUGUGGCGGAGAAGGUGGUUGGUAUUGACCUCGGGACGACUAACUCCGCCGUGGCGGUGAUGGAAGGGGGGAAGCCGACCAUCGUGACGAAUGCGGAAGGGCAGAGGACUACGCCUUCUGUGGUGGCCUACACAAAGAACGGGGAUAGGCUUGUUGGGCAGAUUGCGAAGCGCCAGGCCGUGGUGAAUCCCGAGAACACGUUUUUCUCGGUGAAGAGGUUUAUUGGGAGGAAGAUGUCGGAGGUGGAUGAGGAGUCUAAGCAGGUUUCCUAUAAUGUUAUUAGGGAUGAGAAUGGAAACGUUAAACUUGAUUGCCCAGCUAUUGGUAAGCAGUUUGCUGCUGAAGAAAUAUCUGCUCAGGUCUUGAGAAAGCUUGUGGAUGAUGCAUCCAAGUUUUUGAAUGACAAUGUUUCCAAAGCUGUAGUCACAGUUCCUGCAUACUUCAAUGAUUCUCAAAGAACAGCAACUAAGGAUGCUGGCCGUAUUGCUGGACUGGAGGUGCUUCGUAUUAUAAAUGAACCUACUGCUGCUUCAUUGGCUUAUGGUUUUGAAAGGAAAAACAAUGAAACUAUUUUGGUGUUUGACCUUGGAGGUGGAACCUUUGAUGUUUCAGUUCUAGAAGUUGGUGAUGGUGUGUUUGAGGUGCUGUCUACUUCUGGAGAUACCCAUCUUGGUGGUGAUGAUUUUGAUAAGAGAGUUGUUGACUGGCUUGCUUCAAAUUUCAAGAAGGAUGAAGGCAUAGAUCUCCUCAAGGACAAACAAGCUCUUCAGCGUCUGACUGAGACAGCUGAGAAAGCUAAGAUGGAGCUGUCAUCGUUGACGCAGACUAACAUUAGCUUGCCCUUCAUUACAGCCACGGCUGAUGGUCCUAAACAUAUUGAAACAACCCUAACUCGAGCUAAGUUUGAGGAAUUGUGUUCAGAUCUGCUUGACAGACUCAAAACACCCGUCCAGAAUUCAUUGAGAGAUGCAAAGCUCUCCUUCAGUGAUAUUGAUGAGGUCAUCCUUGUUGGUGGUUCAACUCGUAUUCCAGCUGUUCAGGAGGUAGUUAAGAAACUGACUGGAAAGGAUCCUAAUGUCUCUGUUAAUCCCGAUGAAGUCGUUGCCCUAGGAGCUGCAGUCCAGGCAGGUGUUUUGGCUGGGGAUGUAAGUGAUAUCGUUCUCCUUGAUGUGACACCAUUAUCUCUUGGUUUGGAAACUCUUGGUGGUGUUAUGACAAAGAUCAUUCCACGAAACACAACAUUGCCUACCUCCAAAUCAGAAGUGUUCUCAACAGCAGCUGAUGGGCAGACCAGUGUAGAAAUCAAUGUCCUCCAAGGUGAGAGAGAAUUCGUGAGGGACUGCAAGUCUCUAGGCAGCUUCCGCCUUGAUGGAAUUCCUCCUGCCCCACGAGGAGUUCCUCAAAUCGAGGUCAAAUUUGACAUUGAUGCAAAUGGCAUUCUCUCUGUUGCUGCUGUUGACAAGGGCACUGGGAAGAAACAAGACAUCACCAUUACAGGUGCCAGCACCCUUCCCAACGAUGAGGUAGAUAGGAUGGUGAAGGAAGCUGAAAGAUUUGCCCAAGAAGACAAGGAGAAGAGAGACGCCAUAGACACAAAGAACCAGGCAGAUUCUGUUGUUUACCAGACAGAGAAGCAACUGAAGGAUCUGGGAGACAAAAUACCCGGGUCAGUGAAAGAGAAAGUCGAGGCUAAGCUUGGAGAGCUCAAAGAUGCAAUCUCAGGGGGAUCAACCCAGGCCAUGAAGGAUGCUAUGGCUGCCCUGAAUCAGGAAGUCAUGCAGAUUGGUCAGUCACUCUACAACCAGCCUGGUGCAGCACCGGGCGCUGGUCCAGCACCUGGCGGUUCAGCAGAGCCCUCAGAAUCAUCAUCAUCAUCAGGGAAGGGACCUGAUGGAGAUGUCAUUGAUGCUGAUUUCACUGACAGCAACUAGGACUGGCUGAAGAUUAAGAUGAAUGAAUUUUUAGCCAUGUCUCCUUUUUGGUUUCUUUCCCCCCCUAAAAUGUGUAUAAUUGUGUCUUCUGAAUUUUGGGAAACAUUGCAGUAGAGCAAUAGAGGUUUAGGAUGUUGAAAUAGGUGGACAGGACCUUCUAUUCUUCUUGUCCCCUUGGUAGUGCCUGCUUCUUUGACUUGGACCAGGUGCUACUUAUACUGGUAAUGGAUGCAUAUUUUGGUCGGAGUUAAACUUGUAACUUUGUUAUUAUUGAUUUAGCUGGAUUUGCCGUUUUUUUCGUGGUA